CCGCUUAGGAGUUGCUACGGUACUUAAGCUCGGUGCGCCGGUGCGGCUGCUGUCGUCCCUCCUUCGUCCCUUCGCCUUACGGAACAAUGACACCGGAAAAGUCCAUCAUCAGAGUUCGUGCAACACUUCAACGAAGCAUACACUUCUCACCAACUUAGCCAUCCUUACCGGGAAACGAGCAAAUCAACGAGUUAUCUCGCUCCCGUUUAGUGUACGACUAGCACCAGCAACCGUUACACCUCGCCACCCGAAUCAUCGGAACCACAAUGGCGAUUCUACUCCCACGCAACGACGUCUUGAACGUCCAUCCCGCUCCUCAGGGCCAGCACCUGAGUGAGCACGGCUCGGAUUGGCUCUGGGCUGUUACUGCCCUCUUUGCACUCAACACACUCGUCCUAUUUGCUCUCAAGUUCAAGGCCAGCCGCGGUGAACGCCUCUGGCAUUACAUCUGGAUCGUCACCAACCUCGUGGCUACCCUCGCAUACUUUGCUAUGGCGGCUAACCUCGCCUGGGAUGUGGUCAGCCAAAGGAACCAAGUCCGUCACCAUGGUCCUACCCGCCAAAUUUUCUGGGCCAAGUAUGUCCUCUGGGUCGUCUCUUUCCCCGCGGCCAUUCUCGCCAUGGGCAUCCUCUCGGGCGUCUCUUGGGCCACCAUCGUUUUCAACAUCUUCCUCUCCUGGAUCUGGGUCAUCGGCUAUCUCGUCGCCACCUAUGUUCCUUCCAACUACAAGUGGGGCUUCUUUGCCUUUGCCUUCCUUGCCCACAUCUUCCUCGCCUUUGAGACAUUGUUCCGCGCCCGCCGCUCGGCUAACCGUGUUGGUAUCAACCGCGACUACAUGAUGCUCUCUGGCUGGACCAACCUCCUCUGGCUCCUCUACCCCAUUGCCUGGGGCGUCUCUGACGGCGGCAACGUCAUUGGUGUCACCAAGAGCAUGAUCUUCUUCGGCAUUCUCGACGUCCUCUUCAUCACCACUCUCAGCUAUGCCUUUGUCUUCCUCAGCCGCCGCUGGGACUACAGCCGCCUAAACAUUGCCUUCACUCAGUAUGGACGCGUCCCCAUCGCCGGUACUUACCCUGAGAAGCAUGCCACCACCGGCCACCACUCCGGUGAAACUGCUCCUCAACUCGCUGCUCCUGCCGUCUAAGCAAUGCACUACUUCUGAGGGUCUUGCCAUCAAUCAUUUAGGUGUACGGCAUCACAACAGAUGACCCUAUUCCAGCCUGCUCGCCCUUAGCUGGUUGAGCACCUGGGAAAGAUAUCAGCUACAAGACUUGUUACGACGAAAUGACAAUGCGCUCCUUUUUCCUGUCCGGUUACGGUUCUCGUUUUGUUUCAAUGCACAACGAUACCCCAUACAUUCGCUCGCUUUUGUGUUUUGGCGAUAUGAGUAAGGAGGAUAG